CGACAGCCAUGGCAUCCACACCUGCGUGUACUGUGUGUGCAUCGACGCACCUCGCAUGCACUGCCUUGCUGACGUUUGUCCCUGUAGAUCCACGCAGCACGCGUCUGGCGGCAAAACCGAGGAAAGGCGCAGAGGAUUGGGAAACGCGGGUGAAUCCGGGACUCAUUUCCUCGGUUUUGCCGGCGAGCAGUCAGGCGUCGAGGCCCAGGACCUGGGACUCAUUUCCUCGGUUUUGCCGGCGAGCAGUCAGGAGUCGAGGCCCAGGACCUGGGACUCAUUUCCUCGGUUUUGCCGGCGAGCAGUCAGGAGUCGAGGCCCAGGACCUGGGACUCAUUUCCUCGGUUUUGCCGGCGAGCAGUCAGGAGUCGAGGCCCAGGACCUGGGACUCAUUUCCUCGGUUUUGCCGGCGAGCAGUCAGGCGUCGAGGCCCAGGACCUGGGACUCAUUUCCUCGGUUUUGCCGGCGAGCAGUCAGGAGUCGAGGCCCAGGACCUGGGACUCAUUUCCUCGGUUUUGCCGGCGAGCAGUCAGGCGUCGAGGCCCAGGACCUGGGACUCAUUUCCUCGGUUUUGCCGGGGAGCAGUCAGGAGUCGAGGCCCAGGACCUGGGACUCAUUUCCUCGGUUUUCCUCGGUUUUUCCUCAUGACUCGCUACUCCAUUCGCCUCGCGUGGCGUGAUGGAAACGUUAUGAUGCCAGCGGGCGGGGCGAACGACGAGGAUUCGCUGUUUAUCGUUUUCGGCGACAAGAUGACACUUCGUUGAGCCAGGCGCGACAGGCACGACAGGCGCAACAGGCGCAUGAAUUGUCCGUUUGCUCGACUACUCGUAAUCGACCCGUCACGACUCCCGACGACUCGUCCCAAGAGCUGACGGCUGCUUCGAGUGCCAGCCGGUCGAAAGUCAAUCGACGCACUCGAAGCACGGUGAUGAGACUGGCGGUGUGUUUUUGAGAACACAUAUCUCAAAAACAGGGGGCAACUUGACGGUUGAACUAGUCUGGCCUUUUGACGGCUGCUUCGAGUGCUGGUCGGUUUGCCGGUCGGUCGGUUUGCCAUCACUAGAGCAGAUCGGCCAAAUCGAUUGACCCUGUCCAGGAUUGCCGGCGAUGAUUGACUGACCGUCGUCUUUGCUGUCGGUCAGCCGAUCGCGGUGGUGACUCGCCAGGCCGCUUAUGCGGGCAGGAAGGCAGAGACUGGCAGGCUCUCGAAAGCACUCUCGCAGACUCGAAAGCAGGCAGACGAAUCAGAUCUGACAGACAAGGCGACAGUCAGUGCGACUGAGAGACGUUACUUUACGACAGAUCCGACAGACAGACCAGCAGCCAGUGCGACAGUCAGUCAGUGCGACUGAGAGACGUUACUCUACGACAGAUCCGACAGCCAGACCGACAGAUCCUCUAUGCGACGAGUCGUUUGACCAAUCGCCACGUCGCCAAAGGACAUAUCUGACCGCCAGAGGGACAGCCGGUCGCCACAGGGACAGCCGGUCGCCAGAGGGACAGCCGGUCACCAAAGCACAUCUGACCCGUGACAGGCCAAUCGGUCCGUCCGACUGAUUGCCGCCCUCUGACGGUCAAAACACUCUAACCGUCAGGGCGGGCACACCGACCGUCAAUGUUCCUCAUGAGCGUUCGACGGUGGAACCACUUGCCAGCUUGGCAGGCCGAGUCGCAGUCAGCUUCUGCUCCCAGUGACUACUUAAGCGGAGCGUGAGGCUGAGGAGUCUCAGUGCGUUAAUCGAGCAGCGACGCUUGCAUCGACAUUGACUGGCGAUCUUCCUGCCACUCAAGCAGAGUCCGCCAUUCAAAGACACUGACCCGUGCCAAGCCACUCUGAUUCACCGGCGUCUGACGAGCACUGCCUGCCGCCUCGUCCCCUUGAGACCUCAAAACCGCGUGUGCUUAUCUCCAGAGAUCCACUGUGCACAUCCACUGUGCUUAUCUCUGCAAGUUUCAAAUCUCUGCGAUCUGCUGGGUGGAAACGAUGGCGACGCGGCCUUCACUUCCGUUCCGUGCUACUGCAGCGGUGGUCUUCGUGGCUCUCUUCCUCCUCAUCGCUGCUGACGCGCAGCCCACACCCGGUCAGCAGCAGCCCCCCAUCCGCCCAUCUACCUCCUCCCCCCCUUCCUCCUCCCCUUCCUCCUCCCCUUCCUCCUCCCCUUCCUCCUCCCCUUCCUCCUCCCCUUCCUCCUCCUCCCCUUCCUCCUCCCCGCCCUCCUCCAUCCCCCUCUCGUCGUCCGCUCCCUCGUCCUCCCCUCCUUCCCCCUUCUCCUCGCCCUUCCAACCUCUCCUCUUAGGCGGCCUUCAGGCCAACCUCACGCCCAUCCUUCUCCCCACCUCCACCGCUCCCAAUCCCAUUACCACCACUCCCACUCCUGGCGCAACCGGUGCUAGGCCCGGUAAUGCAUCUAAUGCCGCUGGUAUAAAUGGUGCAGCGGCUCUGCCAGGUGGCGGCGCCUCAGUGGUCACGCUGCUCCUGAACGCAGCCAAUGGCACGGUCGGAUUCGCUCUUCCCUGGGCGCAAGGGGCGGGGGAGAACGUGCAGGCUGGGAUUUACACUGUGGGGGACAUGCUCAAUGCGUCUACACCCCGCCUCGUCCUUCCACUCAUCAGUACGACUGUCGAUUCCACCCCUGCUGCUGCUGGCUCCGCCACGCGUGUCACAUCAGCUUCCUCUUCUCCCAUGCAGCCUCUCAGCUCCGCUGCAGCUGCGUCGUCGUCCUCAUCCUCCAGCCAACCCCUGGACGCCGUAUCUGCAGCAGUCUCCUCGACUGUGCCCUCGUUUCCACCCCUGGGCCCUGCUGCUGCUGCAGCAGCCACCUCUUCCUCUCCCAUUCAGCCCCUCAACUCCGCUGCAGCCUCCUCUUCGCCCUCCUCGAGCCAACCCUUGGACGCCUUAACUGCAGCGUCAGCGGCACUUGCGGGUGCAAUGGCGGGAUUAGGCGGAGCUUCAGGGGCAACCGAGGGGCCCAGUGUCACUGUAGGCACGAUGACAGGAGCAGGGGCGACAGGGGCGGGAUCAGGAUCAGGGUCAGGGGCAGGGGCAUCAGGGGCAGCUGGACCAUUUACAGGAGCACCACGGAGGGGCUUGUCUGGAGUUGAGGCAAACCCUGUAGCUGCAGCAGUAGGGGCAGCACAGGGAGCCCUGGGCAGGGGUUCUGGGUGGUUGUGGGGAGCUGUGCCUGUGCCGGGUGCGGCGCUCGUGAAUAUUCUGAGGGACCCCAGUCAGUACCAGGUGCGGCUGUCUGUUGGCAGUGGCGCCGAUGCUGCCUCCUUUGCCGGUCGACUAGUGGCCGUACCUAUCGACUUGGCUCGGAGCAUCCCCUUCCUUGGCUCGCUGAUUCCCGAGCCUCCUCGGCUUCCUGUGCAGCACAAUCUUGGCAUUCCCACCCCCCAGUCCCUCCUCUCUAUUGUGUCUGCAAUUCGUGAAGGCAUCGCAGCUCUCCCCCAAGCUGCCUUGGGAUCGGCGAACGUUCCAUGGCUGUCUGACUUGGCCAAUGCCCUCGUUGAAGCUGCAAGGAGCAAUCCCGUGGCCAAUCUGCUCCCUUGAGGUGGUUGUAAAUUGCAUGCAAUUGGGGGAUUAGUGUUAAAAUUAUAUAUUGUGUUAUAUAAUUGUUAGGCUUGGUAGGUUACUGAAUUUUACUGUAGAGGGUAUAACACCCAUCCUCGUAUCCCUCUCUCUUCUAUUCCCAACUCCCUUUUCCCUCAACUUUUCUCCUUCCUAAACCUCAUGCCUUUCCUAGCUUCCUAGCUAAGCUAGCCUUCUAACAAUUAGAACUAGUGUCUGUCUAUACGAAUGCCCUGCACUUGAAUUAUGUGAAACAGAGGUGCUAUCAAGCAGAGUUUGCUUCUUAAAAG